CCCUCUCCCCUCUCCCCUCUCCCCUCUCCCUUUCGCUUUUACAGAAUAGCUUACGACAGAAUACCGAGAAUUCAAUCUUCCAAGAAGAUGGCGUUGGUUAAGGGAAAAUUUAUGGGUUCUAAUCAAGUCACUGAAGAUGGCUGCAGCCGGAUGAUUGCGGUGAGCAAGAAUUUCAAAGUUUACUCAGAAAAUGAAAAGGGGAAGGUUGAUACCAAUGGCCUAAGGAAGUCUGUACAAGCAAGUAAAGGAAGUACACGAACUAGCACAGGCAAUUUAAAGAUAAAGGGGAGUACUAUAAUCAUGGAGAAGUACAAAGGCAAGUGUGAGAGUUCCGAAAAUUCAAAAGUUCAAAGAAAAGCAUUAGCUGAUGUCAGCAAUGUCAGUGCCAAAGUGUCUAAGAAUUCAAUGGUUUAUGGUACCAAACAGAUUAUGGGUAGGAAUGAAGGAAGUGUGAUUAGCCAAAGGGUAUCAGUCGGUCCAGGUUCUAGAGCUCUGAAUGUAUCACUGCGAAAAUCUAUCAUGCGAACGGAGAGGGAGUAUGGUCAGGCUCUUACCUCUAAGAUAGGUACCAAAGAUGUAAAGGUUGGUUUAGAUGAUCAAAGGACCAAGAGCGGGAAUGCCAAGGCUGUUACUGAAAGGAAGUCUUUGCAAGCUUUGAAGAGGAUGAGUGAAGUAGGCAAUCCAAGUGUGGAGGAAAAUGUCACAAGAAAAGAAAAAGUGAGAGAAGUUAGUGGCGCUCAAAUAGGGUCCUUUGCUUCAGUAAAUACUAAAGUCAAUAAGAAAGUCAUGGCUGGAACAAGUAAUGCUAAGAGCAAUAUUUGGAGGAACCAAGCAAGUGAUGGCUUCUUGGUGGCUUCUAGCGCUCAGAUCAAUGUAGGUACUCGUCCUUUGCAAAGGAAAUCUAUAAAGCCCUUUGUGGAGACUAGAAUCAGGGCUUCCAGUGCCAAAAGGACUAUCAAAUCCAUGCAUUCUUCUGGUCAGGAAAAGUCGUCUAUUUCUGCAAUUUUCUCAAAGAGGAAGGAGAGUGUUUCAUUAGUGGUUUCCAGUGAAGCUGCUCAAGGACAGACUUCAGCUAAUAAAAACAAUGACCAAAAUACAGGCUCAUCUGAUGUCAUUGCUACACGAAAAUCACAUCUUACUCAGCAGGAAAACCUAGCUAAUAUUGAUGAUGAGUGUAAUCAGUUGGAAGUUGCAGAAUAUGUUGAUGACAUCUACCAGUAUUAUUGGGUUGCCGAGAUUGUUGUGGUGCUAGAUUGUUGUUAUGGAAACCGAACAGUGAAAGGACUAUUAGACGAGUUCAAAUAUGGGCUGAUGACUGAUCCUAGAAACCUCCCUUCGAGUGUUUUACGACAUAAUCUCUUUGGUCUCAGUUAG